AAAUAAGUCAGAAGACGAAAGGAUAAAUAAGUGAGAAGAAAGACGCACAACCAAAUUUUCGAUACAUUCUCCAAUCCGCUUCGUUUGGGAAAGUCGGAUUUCUGCCGCCGAACUCCAUGGCUAAAAGUUACUUCAAGUUGGAGCAUCCACUCGAAAGGCGGCAGGCUGAAGCUGCUCGUAUCAGGGAGAAGUACCCAGACCGAAUUCCGGUUAUUGUGGAGAAGGCGGAAAGAAGCGACAUCCCUGACAUUGACAAGAAAAAGUAUCUUGUCCCCGCUGACCUCACUGUUGGGCAAUUCGUUUAUGUUGUUCGCAAAAGAAUCAAGCUCAGUGCCGAGAAGGCUAUCUUCAUAUUUGUCAAAAACAUUCUCCCACCUACUGCUGCAAUGAUGUCUGCAAUAUAUGAGGAGAACAAAGAUGAGGAUGGUUUCUUGUACAUGACUUACAGUGGUGAGAACACUUUUGGAUUUCUCUGAAUUGAAAGGAUCCAGUUGGUCUAUGUAAAUAGUUUCAUCCAAUGACAAAGACUUGUAAAUUUCUUUGAUUAUCUAUCUAGCUGGUGUUAUCAAUCUCUUCCCAAGAGAUUGUUUGUUCCGAAAAAAUGUUGGCAAACUUUUAUGAAUUGAAUAUUUUAAAAUGAUGGUUGCUUUUAAGAAUAUAUUUUCUCUGUUCUACCUUUGGAUGUUGUUU